CAUUGUUGUAACCUUUGUUGUAAAAACAAAGAGUAAAUUCCAUAAUUGAUCCUUUAUAAUAGGGGGGGUUUCCAUAUUUAGUUCUCUAUUAUCAAAUAUUACCCAUGUAGUCCUUUUUUGAGGGUAUCUUUCCACAAAUGGUCUUUUUUUGAUCUUCUGCCAUGUUGGUGUUAAUUUAAAGGCUAAAAGUAUAAUUUGACGUCAACAUUAUGUCUAGUGACGUGUUCUGAUAUUGGUUAAGCGGAUAACACAAAAACAAUGACUAUGAUUGUGGGUUAGGAUUCUGACGAAAGAUCACAUUUGUAGACUAGUUGUCAUAAAAAGUGACUGUAAUUCACAAAUGACGCAAACGGAACAGCCUUUGGAAUUGUGUAUGACAAAAAAGAUAUAUUAUCAUUGUGAAAUUACACUUUUAACCCUCAAAUUAACACCAACAUGAUAGAAGAUCAAAAAAAGGAUUAUUUGUGGAAAGGUACCCAUAAAAGAAGGACCACUUGGGUAAUAUUUGAUAAUAGAGGACUAAAUAGGGAAACACCCUGUUAUAAAAGACCAAUUAUAGAAUUUAGUCAAAAACAAAUUAUUGUAAGAUUAAGGUGGUACUCCUUACUAUAAUUGUCGAAUAAUGACGGGUGGUGACAUUUGUGGGGAAUUUUUGCGUGGGAGGAAAAAGAGAGGAAAUAGAAGGGCCCAAAAUCUAGCGUGGCGCAGCAGUCAUCUUUUGGGUUGAUUUAGCGGAGACGCGAAAAUAUAGAGACAUUUCCAUUCAUCACAGAAAAAAGAAAAGCCCACUGUUUUAGAGAGAGAGAGAAAAAAGAGAAAAAAGAAAGAGAAAGAGAGAGAAUGCAUACAUAUAAUCAUCCCAUAUGAACAAACAACGCCAAACUCCAAAAGAUAUUUUCUUGCCUCCUCCCCACCCUCCUCCUCCAAAGAUCGCACCUUUAGCCUUUAGGGUUUCUUCGCACGCAAUCUUUCACCAUAUCUCUCCCUGCAUCGACCUCGCAUACCCCAUGUGUAUGCAAUUAUCUGCGGGCUUUCUUCUCACGUGAAGCCUUUUGGUUUGGAAUUUCCCUCGAUGCUGACGAAAAUUCUGGAAUGAGGACCUGUGUUUGAAUUCAAGAACUGGAACGAGAGAAGCCCGUAGUUUGUUUUCAAUUUGAGGAAUUUGCAGGGGAGAAAGAACGCAAAUCUCUUUUUUUUUUGUUUAUUUUUAAAAAUUUUAAUUUGUUUGGGUUUUGAAUAUGCCUACAUCCUGGGCUGAUUCUGUUUCUGCGGCAGAGAACUCUGCUCCAGCUCCGUCCGUUCAAUCUAAGGGAACCUAUGUUCCACCACACCUGAGAAAUAGACUGCCGGCCUCAUCAGAACCCCCUAAACCUGCAACAGCUUCGUAUGGGGGUCCGUAUGGAGGUGGUGGUGGAAGCAGGUGGGGUGGUCCUAGAAAUGAUUUCCGUUCUGGCUAUGGAGGUGGUGGUGGUGGUGGUUGGAAUGCCAGAACUGGGAGUCAGCCGCGCGAGUUUAACCCCUUUGGGGAUGAUGCGAAUCAGCCCUUUGAGGAGCAUGAGAAUUCUGGGAUUAAUUUUGAUGCCUACGAGGACAUUCCUGUGGAGACCAGUGGGGACAAUGUGCCUCCUCCCGUGAACACGUUUGCCGAGAUUGAUUUAGGGGAAGCAGUGAACAGUAACAUCAGGAGGUGCAAGUAUGUGAAGCCCACGCCGGUGCAGCGCAACGCGAUCCCAAUUGUACUGUCAGGAAGGGAUUUGAUGGCUUGUGCCCAGACCGGUUCUGGAAAGACGGCGGCUUUUUGCUUCCCAAUCAUUAGUGGAAUCAUGAGGGGUCAGUUUAUAAGACCCCCAAGGCCGCGCACGGCUUUGCCUCUGGCUCUCAUUCUUUCCCCAACCAGGGAGCUCUCGUGCCAAAUUCAUGAAGAGGCCAGGAAGUUUGCAUACCAAACAGGAGUCAGGGUGGUUGUUGCCUACGGUGGAGCACCCAUAAAUCAACAGCUUCGCGAACUAGAGAGAGGUGUGGAUAUACUUGUAGCAACCCCUGGGAGACUAGUGGACUUGCUAGAGAGGGCAAGAGUGUCUUUAGAGAUGAUAAGGUACUUGGCUUUAGAUGAAGCAGACCGAAUGUUGGACAUGGGGUUCGAACCACAAAUUAGGAAAAUUGUGCAACAGACGGAUAUGCCCCCACCUGGUGUACGACAGACGAUGCUCUUUAGUGCUACCUUCCCAAAAGAGAUUCAGAGAUUGGCUGUAGAUUUUCUAGCGAAUUACAUAUUUUUGGCUGUCGGAAGGGUUGGAUCAAGCACUGAUCUGAUUGUCCAGAGGGUGGAAUAUGUUCAAGAGACUGACAAAAGAAGCCAUUUAAUGGAUCUCCUCCUUGCACAAAUGGCAAAUGGCAAGCAAUGCCUUACCCUUGUUUUUGUGGAGACAAAGAAAGGCGCCGAUUCUCUAGAACAUUGGCUAUCUAUCAACGGUUUUCCUGCCACAGCCAUACAUGGCGAUAGGACACAGCAGGAAAGAGAACAGGCCCUGAGAGCUUUCAAAACCGGCAGGACGCCGAUUCUGGUUGCCACCGACGUGGCGGCGCGCGGUCUCGACAUUCCUCACGUCGCGCACGUGGUCAACUUUGACCUCCCGAACGACAUCGACGACUACGUCCACCGCAUCGGGCGGACCGGCCGCGCCGGGAAGACCGGCCUCGCCACCGCCUUCUUCAACGAGGGGAACUCGUCCAUUGCGCGGGCGCUCUCGGACCUGAUGCAGGAGGCGAACCAGGAAGUCCCCGCCUGGCUUUCCCGGUUCGCCGCCAGGUCGUCCUCCCACGGCGGCAAGAACCGCCGUGGCAGGGCCCGCUUCGGCGGCCGCGAUUUCCGAAGGGACGGGCCUUUCAGCAGGGGCGGCGGCGGCGGCGGUUCGGACUACUAUCCCGGCGGCAAUAACGGUUACGGCGGGGGGUAUGGUAACGGCGCCGGCGUGGCCAGUGCCUGGGACUGAGAACCCCAACCAACAUUGGUCGGAUUCAGCAAAAGCCAGAGGUUUUAGGUACUAGGAGAGAGAUAUAUACUCCGUAAUAUAAUACACUUCCUCAAUGGGGGAGCCAUUAGAAUAUAUAUAUAUACUUCCUCAGUUUUUACUAGAUAUUUGUGUUGUUUUUUUUUUGUUUUGUUUGGGAAUUUUAUGAUUUCUUGUGUUUUUGUAAUAUGAAGUUUUUUUUGUUGGAUUUAAAGUAUGGGUUGAGGGAGGGUAUGCAUGUAUUUGUAAAUGUUGGCAGUCUUUGCAUUAAUUAAUAAAUAAAUCUGCUAACACCUU